AGCCACCGUGAGAGAGAAGAAAAAUGAGCGGCGGAGGAAACAACAACGUAGUGAACAAAGUGUUCUACGCGACGUCGUAUCAUCCGAUACAAGCAGGAAGUAUCGACGGAACCGAUGUUGCGCCACAUGAUAACGGCGUCCGUCGAGCUCUCCUCUGUUACAACGCCGGCCUAUAUGAUCCCUCUGGAGAUGCGAAAGCAGCUGGCGAUCCUUACUGUACUUUGUUCGUGGGUCGAAUCUCUCAUCUUACGACGGAGGAGACUCUUCGUGAGGCUAUGGGUAAAUACGGAAAAGUUAAGAGCUUGCGCUUGGUCAGACACAUUGUGACGGGUGCUUCACGAGGGUAUGCUUUUGUGGAGUAUGAGACUGAGAAGGAGAUGCGUCGUGCUUACGAGGAUGCUCAUCAUUCAUUGAUUGAUGGUCGAGAGAUUAUUGUUGAUUAUAAUAGGCAGCAGUUGAUGCCUGGAUGGAUACCAAGAAGAUUAGGAGGUGGACUUGGUGGUAGGAAAGAAUCUGGACAACUUCGUUUUGGAGGACGAGAAAGACCUUUCCGUGCUCCCUUGCGGCCAAUUCCUCAUGAAGAUUUGAAAAAGCUUGGGAUCCAGCUUCCACCAGAAGGAAGAUACAUGUCACGUACUCAGAUCCCAUCACCACCUAGGAGAAAAGGAAGUGUAUCUCAUAGAGAGGAAGCAAAUUAUCGGGAAAAGAGUUCUGUAGAAAGGGAAGAAGAGUUUGAUGAGCAGAGGAGUACUGUUAAGAGAGAGCGGUCUUAUCACAGUCACAGAAGACGUAGCAAGGACAGAGAGGAGCGUUACAGAGUAGACUCCCGGUCUGACAGAGAAGAGAGAUCACGAGGGAGGGAAGAUAGAUAUGGUGACAAGGAACAAGUUUCUGGCAGCAAAAGGUCAAACCAUGGUGAAGAAGAACGUUCUCACAAACGUCAUAAAGAUAGGCGUUCUCAUCAUCAUAGGAGGUCUUCUAGUCGGGACAUUCGUUCUUCUGACUCAAUCUAUUAAGGAUCAGUGAGAGAGACCAGCUAGUGCUUGUGCUUGAUAGUUUAGUAUUUGGAACUUAUUACGAUGUAUAUUUUUAAGAAACCAACACAAAACGAGUGCCAUGAUACGGUGAUUAGAAAUCUC